UGCUGCAUUUAUGUCAUUGUGUAGUCUGCUUAUUGAAUUUAUGUUUGUUUCUGUUCUUGUGUAUGUUAAUUUGAUUUUCUUAUUUAAUAUGUCGUACAUACUAUGCUGAGGUCAUCAGUUAGCGUUUCUUGUGUUUGAAUUAUAUAUCUGAAUGCCAAGCUAGUCGUGAUAAUUAUAUCUCUCUAUACAUAAUAGAUAAUGAGUUCCUGGGAGGAGGAUGCUAGACAAUUUCUUUUAGACCAGGAAGAAGAUGAUGAUGAACUCUUCUUAGUAAUUGUCCCUGCUGUUCUCGCGGCCAUGCAAGAAGAGAAAAGGGCAGUCCAUACUUCUUCUCUUACUGGCGCUAUGAAGAUUAAGGAAGUUCUAGAAGGGCAUGAAAUUUGGAGCAAAGUUGAGUUUAGGAUGGAGCCAAAUAUUUUCAGAGCGAUAGUUUCAUCUGUUGAUGAACCAGUGCUACAUGUACCACGAGCGGGCAGCGAGAUCAAUGUUGCUGGACCAAGUGUGGGCAGUGAGACUAAUGUUGCUGGACUAACUUUGGAUCGAGAGGCUUGUGAAGUUCAGUCACCACCUUCUGGUACGUCAGUACAUGGAAGCGGGAAAAAGAGGAAGAAAAGUCAAGUUGCAAGUGUUUUGGAUGACUAUUUGGAGCACAAGAAGAACCAAACAGAUAAGACUGUGGAGGCAUUCCUUGAGAAGAAGACUCGUGGAGAGGAGUCUAUGGAUAGGUGUAUCCACAUAUUUGAAGCUAUGGAGGACUUGACAGAUGAGGAGAAGGCCAUUGCAGCAGAGGUGUUUGAAAAUGAAUUGUAUCGGGAGAUGUUUCUGAAGCUAACAAUUCACAACGUGCGGCUGAUUUGGCUUCGGAGGAAGAUAAGUAGGAUUACAUCUAUCUGA